AUGGCCUCUGCUCCACUUAAAUCACCCCCAUUUCCGACGGGCCCCUUUUUCUCCACUUCACCUCAGACAGCCUCAGCCCCAGGACCGAUCGGAUCGCCAAUCUGGCCACGUGGAAAUAUGAUAGCCAAGCCGUCGUCCGAUUGGCUCAAGUUGGAUCCCAAAUGCCAGUCCAGACUUGAACCGACUUGCUUUUCCGUCCAGUCCGGCCAGCCGGUCGUCUCGAGUAGCAGCUGUCGAAAAGGGCCCAUUGCUCGAUGUAAUCCAGCCUUAGGCCCGGCCCGGACCGGCCAUGGAAUCACACCCUUUUAUUGUGUCAUACCCAGUCGUACCGGUCGCCAGAGUCUCUAA